ACAGGCAAAGGGGGAAAAAAAGAACCAAAGCAAGGUUGGGACUUAGCAGACAUAAUGAUGGGUGCCUCUCUCCAGCUCCAAACGAGCCCAUCUGUCCUUCUGGUGGCCCUGAUGUUUUUCAUGAAAGGUGCCUUGGCUCUGGAGUGCCACAGCUGCGUGGACUUUGGCGACGGCGGUUGCAGCCAGGAGCGCAUGAAAAAGCUGACCUGCCCAACCAAUGCCCGUGUCUGCGUGGAAACGGUGGCUGCUGUGGAAUGGAGUCACGGGAAGUUCUCAGUUGGUGAAAAGGGCUGCGGACUGGGGAUGCCAGGCACGAAUGACAAAGCGGUGGAGGUACAUGGUAUCCUGGCCUUCUCUCAGUUGCACCAGUGCAAUACAAGCCACUGCAACACUAAACUGGACAUCAAAGCACUACAGCUGCAGCCCAUGGAUAAUGAGAGCGCGCGGGUUCCCAACGGAGUGGAAUGUUACAGCUGUGUCGACAACAACUGCACAGUAGACAAUUCUACCAUUGUCAAGUGCUAUGACAAUUUCCGAGGUUGUUUCCACGGCAAUGUCACUAUGAAAGCAGGCAAUUUUUCACUGACCAGACCCAUCAAGGGGUGUGUGGAAGAUGAGGACUGUACCAAGGUCAGAAAAGGGAGUCCUGCCAUCACCCUUACAGGCUCCUGUUGUUCAGGAAGUCUUUGCAAUACUGAUCUCUCCAACAAAACACAUUUCUCCACCUCAAUUCCACGGCUUGCCUUCCUGCCUGGUCAAGAGGCAAAUAACACAACUGUCACUACCCCUUCGACAUAUGUUCGGAUCAAAGCAGCAGCAGCUUCCACUUCCAGCAAGCUAACCCGUUCUAUUGCUGUGACCCCAUCAGUGUCCAGCCCUCAGAAGGAUCAUGACCAUGACCAUGACCAUAACCAUGACCAUGACCACAACCACGACCAUGACCACAACCAUGACCACAGUCAUGAGCAUGAUGAAACCGAAAUCAUCUCUGUUCGAGAUGGGAAGGCGACCACUUCUGUGAAAGUUGAAGAAAGACAUCACCAACCAGCUGAUGGGGCAAAGGGAGGUGUAGCAAGCUUGGGUGGGUCAGUUCUAAUGACUGUUUUGCUACUUGGCUUGUGUCUGUGA